GCGCGAGACGGCACAGGCCGGUCCGUGCCUAAUCCUUUACGACCCCCAAGCUGGGUUCUGGGGUUGUCUCGAGUCGCGCCGCGGGGAAAGACGGAAUGUAAAGCUGGCCCCGAGGGCGUGGCCCCGCCGACCCAGUCUCCAAUCCAGGCGCCCUCCCUAAUGUCGGGGCGCAUUACGACUGCUGGUUGGAGGUGAUGGCGCAGGGCACGUGGGGUGUGAUUUCUCAUUCACAGAACAUCCACCCACGGAACCCCUUCUGGGUGAUCCUUAGCUGGGGGAUGGGGAGCGCCACCAAACCGAGUCAUGAAUGAGGUCAGCUGAGCACGGCCUCCCAGGCCCGGGCCGGGGCAUUGCCAUGGCAACCGGAUAGCCUACGCAGGGCAGCAUUCCGGCCUGUGCAGUCGGCUCCUAGCGCUGCGGGCGAGUGCAGAGCGCCGGGCGGCCACGAGUCGGGAAGACGACCAGAGCCUUCCAGCCUCUGUCCUGCUGGGGACAGGGCUCUGUUGGCCGCGAGGCCGAGCUGGGAUGCACCGUCGCCUCGUGCUCUCCUGAGAGGCAAGAAGACGAAGGCCUCGCAGGAGCCCCGCCCCUUCCCCCGGGAGGAAGUGGGGAGCCUAGUGCGGCUCCAGCCCCCAUCCCUCUUCAAGGGGCUGUAGAUGACAGGAGACAUGGAAAGGCCAAGAUAUCAUGGGAAGUCCAACCAGGAAGGACACAUCUGGGGCUCCAUGAAGAGGACGGCUCUCAUCCUGGGCUCUGGGCUGCUCUUGUCUGUAGCCUUCUGGAACUCAGUCACAUGGCAUCUUCAGAGAUUUUGGGGUGCUUCUGGCUACUUUUGGCAGACCCAGUGGGAGAAACUGCUGUCUACAUUUGAAGGCAAUGAGUGGAUGCUGUUCCUUAUAGGUGCUGCCCUGGUACCUGCGCUCUGCUUCUGGGUUUUCAAUGGCCUUCUGCUGGUGGUGGACACAACAGGGAAACCCACCUUCAUCUCCCGUUACCGCAUCCAACUGGGCAAGAAUGAGCCGGUGGACCCCGUGAAGCUGCGUCAGUCUAUCCGCACAGUUGUUUUCAACCAGACUAUGAUCUCUCUUCCCAUGCUGGUCAUCUUCUACCCUUUCUUCAAGUGGAGGGGAGACCCCUGCUGCCGAGAGCUGCCCACCUUCCACUGGUUCCUCGUGGAGCUGGCCCUCUUCACCCUCGUGGAGGAAAUCUUGUUCUACUACUCACAUCGGCUCCUUCACCACCCAACGUUGUACAAGAAAAUUCACAAGAAACAUCAUGAAUGGACAGCACCCAUUGGUGUGAUCUCAAUCUAUGCCCACCCUAUUGAACACGUGGUUUCCAACAUGUUGCCAGUUAUGGUGGGUCCUCUAGCAAUGGGCUCUCAUCUGUCCUCCAUCACUGUGUGGUUGUCCCUGGCCCUCAUCAUCACCACUAUCUCCCACUGUGGUUAUCACCUGCCUUUCCUGCCCUCACCUGAGUUCCACGACUACCACCACCUCAAGUUCAACCAGUGCUACGGGGUGCUGGGUGUGCUGGAUCACCUGCAUGGGACUGACAUCAUGUUUAAGCAGACCAAGGCCUAUGAGAGACAUGUCCUCCUGCUGGGCUUCACCCCACUUUCAGAGAGCAUCCCUGAUCCUCCAAAGAAUAUGGAGAGUCUGCUUGGACCAUCCAGAGUGUUUCCUCACAAGUAGGAGGUGUGGAGACUGCCUGGGGGCCAUGCUGCCCUUAACAACUUGCCUCCUUCGGCCACCAUACUCUAAGGACUGUACCAUUAGGGUAAAGGGAAUGUAAGCUUCCUGCCGGGACAAGGCCAUGGUAUGAUCUGGGCUUCUCUCAAACUACUUCUCAUGUUCGUUAGGACCCGGAGUUGACUUAGGAAAGAAGAAUUAGUUAUUUGGGCUGGAGGCCAUCCAAUGGAGAAAAGUCACUGAGAGCCUGGGGGAAUCCUUGGUCCUCGGCUCCAACACCCCAAAGAGCCAGCUCCCCUGUGGCCUAGGAUACAGAGAAUGGGGUCAUAGUGGGACUCGAGGCUUCCUGACUCCACAACUGCUUUCACACCCAUAGCCAGGGCACCCUGUGUAGUCACAGGCCACAUGUGUUGACAUGCUAGAUGUGGUCCCUGCUUCCUCCCAAGAACGCCUGGGUGACUUUUGCCCUCCAAAGAUACAAAUCCUUCAGAAGAAAUAAUAACAGGCCACAAGAGCUUCUCAGUAUGACAUGCACACCAGGCCCUGUGCCUUAGCCUGUUGUUACUGGGGCUGAACUGGUGUGGGGGAGACCCAAGUCAGUGCUCUCUAAACCCAAAAUAAUCUCCCCCCCCCCAACAAUGAGUCUCAGAAAACACCGCCCAAGGGCAGUCCCGUCUUCCUUUAAAUGGCUAAUCAACAGUAAACAUGCCCAGGGAGUAGGUAGCAGUGAACUUCUCUGGUCCCGCUUUCUAGGCCCCCACCCUGGCAGCUCAUGCUUAGGAAGCCUGGGAUGCCGAGAACUUGGCAACGAGGUUGGAUCUGGAAGGCUGUCUCCACUACCAUUUGCUAAAUCUCAGCCCAACUGAGCCGAGCUUACAUUUUCAGUUCAAGGUUAGCCAAGACUCCCUACUGUGGCUGAAAUAAAAUCCUUUUCUUAACACA